CCCACCAUUUGAAGUCUUCCGUCUCUGAUCAAUCUUCUCUCAACCGGUUAUUCUCCCAAGACUUGAUAAUGAUGUAUCCCCAUCAUGGAGCAGUUGGUAUAUUCAGAUCUGCUCUGUUCUGCUGGCGAUUUCAUUGACGAAAGUGUCAAAAAUUAAAUAUAACCAUGGCUAAGUAACAACAAUAAAUUACAUGGCUGUACUGAUAUAGCAGGAUGUUUACAAAAAUCUGAAGAAUACAUUUUUGAAACGGAUAUGAGUGUGUCUUGAUUCUUUCGUUACAGAAGCAAUGAUAGAUUAAAUGUUUGAAAUGCAUAAGCAAGUAAAACACAAAAAAAAAAAAAAAUUUAAAAUGGUUAUCAGUGCUUUUUUUAAAAUGUUUUAUGUCUUUUUUGUUUAUGUCUACAAUUUGGGAGAUUAAAAUGGUAUAAUGGUAUAAUGGUACAAACUUACCAGGGGAAUGAAAUCUAAUUCAUUUAAAUUUUAAUCCCCAACGGCUUAACAUGUUAUUUGAAUUAAGAGUUUAUAUUUCGUUUCUGCUUCAGGCUUUUCUCUCGGCUUUGGUAUUUGCCUGUCAACCGGAUGAGCAAUGCGUCAGAUUGGACACUUGUUACCCACUUAUGAAGAUUCUAAGGCCCUGGGGAAUGACGACUGCUGAGAGAGAAAUAUUUCAUAACCGACAGUGCGCCAUAGACAAUAGAAGCAGCGUAUUAUUGCACAAAGUUCGGAUCUGCUGCCCGAAGAGCGGUGAUGUCCUGCCAAAUAAUCAGAUCUGUGGCCAAACCCCGCCCGCUUCUCAUGUUAUAGCUGGAGAAGAGGCGCCUCUGAACGGUUUUCCCUGGAUAGCCAUGCUAUUAUACGCGAAUCUUCACAGUUCCACGCGGGAUACUGUACAAAGGUGCGCGGGAUCACUGAUCACCAAUCGCUACGUUCUCACCGCAGCCCACUGUGUGAACAUAAAUGGCUUGCAGCUCCGAAGUGUGCGCCUCGGAGAGCAUGACACCUCCUCAAAUCCAGACUGCGUCACUUCAAUGAGUGAAAAGAAGAUGUGCGCUCCCCCGCAUCUGGAGAUCAACGUGGAGCUGGCCAUCAAGCAUAGGCACUACGUGGCCAUUGCAGGGAAGCAAUACAACGACAUUGCCCUGCUGCGACUCCAAUUUCCGGUUCGGUAUACGAGUAACAUCCGACCCAUUUGUAUUAUUCCUAGCGAUGAUUUCUCGAAUCCUUCCUUUGACAACUUCAAUUUCCAAAUUGCUGGCUGGGGCUCUUCGGAUACGCAGAAUUCCAGCAAUACAUUAUUGUAUGCCAACAUCCAGGGCAUGAACCCGGAUGAGUGCUCCAGAAGCUAUUCUUCCUUAUGGAUAACCAAGGAGACCCAAAUAUGCGCAGGUGGCCAGAACGGAAAGGACACCUGUAAAGGAGACUCUGGCAGUCCGCUGAUGGCCACAAUGGGAUGGGGCGUAGACGAAUUCGUUUAUUUAGCCGGCAUCACUUCCUACGGUUUUAACCCGUGCGGAGAUUUUCCAGCAGCUUACACAAAAACUUCAUAUUAUGUCAAUUGGAUACAGAGGAGUAUGUCAAGAUAUGAACACUAUUAGUUAAGUAUAAACAAAACCAUUUAUGUUAAUUGGAAGGCAUUAAAAUGUAACCCGCAUGAA